AUGGAGAAGCUCCAGGAGUUGAGUCUUGUGUCCAAGGUAUGUCAAGCUCUAGAGAAUCACCUUGGCAUGAGUGACAAGACGCUUGCCGAGUUUGUGAUCGAUUUGGUCCGUGGAAGCUCUAGCUGCGCCGCAUUUCUGGCGUCUAUCAAAAAAGACGAGCUGCCGCUUCCUUUAGCGCUGGCCGAUAAUUUGUACCGCAUUGUGCAAACUAUGGCGCCACACAAGAUGAAAAGGAGCCCGGAAUGUUCCAGCGAACACAAGGUUAAUGAUAAAAAGCAUCGAUUUCGGGAUGAUGAGCAAUUGACGGCCGCGGAUAUUAUGGGAGCAUCCAUCGAGGACGAUGAUGAGAUUAAGCCGUCUUCCUCUGGACUUCGUAGCCGAAACAAUGACGAUUACUUGCAAGUCAAAGAGCGCGAUCGCUAUGGGCGUGACAGGAGUCGCACGCGUGACGAAGCCAAUGACCGGAACCGAAAACGAUUGCGAUCUAGAUCUCAUUCAAUUGAUAGAAGACGAAAAAGACGGGAUCGCAGUCAUGGACGUGUGCGGGACCGCAGUCAUGGACGUGAGUGGGACCGCAGUCAUGGACGUGAGCUGGACCGCAGUCAUGGACGUGAGCGGGACCGUAGUCGCGGCCGUGAUCGAGACAGACAAAGGCGUGAGCUGGAGCUAUAUUGCAUCUACGACGGCCGUGUAGCAAAAGUUAUGGACUUUGGAGUGUUUGUAGAGCUAGAAGGCUUUUCGAGAGAGAAGAAAGAAGGUUUGGUGCAUGUGUCAAACCUGUCCGCGAAUCGUAUCAGCAAUAUAAAGGAAUUUGUCAGACGCGGCGAUCGUGUUAAGGUGAAACUCAUCUCAAUAUCUGGAACCAAACUUUCGCUGUCUAUGCGCGACGUGGAUCAAAAAAGUGGUAAAGACCUGAUGCCGGAACGAUCAAGUGAUGGGGCGGAGCAUGCACGGCAAGCAAACAAGGCCUCAGACUCACGGUCGUGGAUUAAUCCGGCGGCACCUGGCAUGCAGACCUCGCAACAGUUUGAUGAAGAUGAUAGCAAGCCACAGCGCGUAGCCAAACGGAUGUCAUCGCCUGAACGAUGGGAAGUCCAACAAUUGAUCAACUCGGGUGUACUAUCGAUUGAAGAGUAUCCGACAUUUGAUGACGAGCAUGGUCUGCUGAACAGCGAAAUCACCGAAGAAGACUUUGAGGUGGAGCUGAAUGAUGAUGAGCCAGUGUUUCUGCGCGGCCAGACGCAGCUGAGUCGCGAACUGUCACCAGUGAAGAUUGUGAAGAACCCGGAUGGAUCAAUGCAACGUGCUGCCAUGACUCAAUCUAACUUAGCGAAAGAACGUCGCGAAUUACGCCAGACACAAGCCAACCAGCUGAUUGAUUCUAUCCCCAAGGAUCUUAAUCGUCCUUGGGAAGAUCCCAUGCCUGACGCUGGAGAACGACACUUUGCACAGGAAUUGCGUGGCAUCAACAUGGGAACAACGUUUGAGCUGCCAGAAUGGAAGCAAAAGUCAGUGGGAAAGAAUCUAUCUUACGGUAUCGUGUCAAACAAAUCUAUUCUCGAGCAACGUGAAAGUCUGCCUGUUUUUAGGCUCAAGCCCCAGCUAAUGAAAGCUAUCGCAGAGAAUCAGAUCUUGGUGGUAAUCGGGGAAACUGGCUCGGGUAAAACCACUCAGAUGACGCAGUACAUGGCCGAAAUGGGAUUGACGUCAACGGGUAUAAUCGGAUGUACUCAACCGCGUCGUGUUGCUGCCUCCUCCGUUGCUAAGCGUGUUGCCGAGGAAUUCGGGUGUGAGCUAGGGCAGGAAGUUGGGUAUUCCAUGCGAUUCGAAGAUGUCACUAGUCCUGAAACGGUGAUCAAGUACAUGACAGAAGGUAUGCUCCUGCGAGAAUAUCUGGCUGAUCCUACGUUGUCGAAGUAUAGUGCUCUAAUGCUGGAUGAAGCACAUGAGCGGACAAUCAAUACAGAUGUAUUGUUUGGGUUGCUGAAGGAUCUCGUACGUAAGCGAAAGGACCUUAAAAUUAUUGUGACAUCUGCCACAUUGGAUGCUGAGAAGUUUUCGAGGUACUAUUUUGACUGCCCAAUUUUCACGAUCCCGGGCCGUACAUUUCCUGUAGAGAUUUUGUACACAAAGGAGCCGGAAUUGGAUUACUUGGAUGCUUCGUUGCUGUGUGUUAUGCAGAUUCAUCUAUCCGAGCCGGAAGGAGAUAUUUUGCUAUUUCUAACAGGGCAAGAAGAGAUUGACACCGCAUGUGAAGUUUUGCAUCAGCGUAUUAAGGCGCUGCAAGAGCGUGCUUUGGCUCCAGAACUUAUUAUACUUCCUGUUUAUGGUGCACUACCUUCGGAAAUGCAGUCGCGUAUCUUUGAACCAGCACCCAAAGGCUCACGAAAAUGUGUGGUGGCAACCAAUAUUGCUGAGGCGUCGUUGACAAUUGACGGUAUUUACUACGUUGUCGACCCUGGGUUUUGCAAGCAAAAUGCAUUUAAUUCCAAGAUUGGUAUGGAUUCUCUUGUCGUUGUACCAUGCUCACAGGCGUCAGCGCGUCAACGUGCAGGUCGCGCUGGGCGUACGGGCCCAGGAAAAUGCUACCGAUUGUAUACCGAGAGUGCUUAUAAGAAUGAAAUGUUACCAACAACUGUGCCAGAGAUUCAACGUGCGAAUCUUGGUGCUGUAGUGCUUCAAUUAAAGGCUAUGGGUAUCAACGACCUCAUGGGAUUCGAUUUCAUGGACCCGCCGCCACAAGAUGCUCUCGUAAUGGCUCUUGAAAACUUGUACGCAUUAGGCGCACUAGACGAUGAAGGCUUAUUGACGCGGUUAGGCAAAAAAAUGGCUGAGUUUCCCGUUGAGCCGAAGAAUGCUAAAGUCUUAUUGACUUCUGUGGUACUUGGCUGCUCAGAGGAAGUCUUAACCAUCGUGGCAAUGCUAUCUGUGGAGUCCGUCUUUUUUCGACCUAAAGAGAAGCAGGCUCAGGCGGACCAGAAAAAGGCUAAGUUUCACCAGCCUGAAGGUGACCACUUGACCCUGCUGGCAGUUUAUGAGGCUUGGGCUAAUUCUAAAUUUUCUAAUCCAUGGUGUUACGACAACUUUAUCCAAGCUCGAGCUAUUCGUCGUGCUCAAGAUGUGCGCAAGCAACUACUCUCCAUUCUUGAUCGAUACAAAAUGGAUGUUGUCUCUUGUGGCAAGAAUUUUAACAAGGUUCGGCGAGCGAUCGUUGCCGGAUAUUUUGCCAAUACAGCGAAAAAAGAUCCGCAAGAGGGAUACCGCACAAUGGUUGAAGGCCAGCCUGUGUAUAUUCACCCAUCGAGUGCAAUUUUUAACAAGAGUCCAGAGUGGGUGCUUUACCACGAGCUUGUGCUUACGACAAAGGAGUAUAUGCGCAACAUCAUGACGAUUGAGCCGAAAUGGCUCGUGGAAUUGGCCCCAGCCUUCUUUAAGAAAGGCGAUCCCACCAAGCUUUCAAAGCGCAAGCGCAAUGAAAAGAUCGAACCGCUGUACGAUCGCUUUAAUCCCCCCGACUCUUGGCGUUUAAGCAAGCGAAGAAAUUAA